AUGUCUGAAGCAGAGGUCGACCUCGACCAGCUCUCUGACAGUGAGAGAUUGGCGCUGGAACAAUAUUCUGCGGUGACAGGGCAGGAUCUAGCAGAUGCCAUCCCGUUGUUGCGCCGGUCACAAUGGAAUGUUCAGAUCGCAAUCUCCAAAUUCUUUGACGGCGAAGGGCCUGACCUUCUAGAAGAGGCUCGUGCAGCAUUACCAGAACCAGCACAGCCCUUUCAGCCGCGUCCGGGUGUUAAUCUCAUGCACGAAGAUAUUCUGCAACAAGUUCGCCCAGCUCAUCGCAACACCGAGCCCGCCCCACGGAUCGAUACGCAACCCGAGAAUCAGCCCGUCUACCGCCCCCCUCUCAUCCUUGCACUCCUAUUCACCCCAUUCAACCUUGUCUACCGACUUCUUCUCAACUCAUUUCGGCUAUUCGGGACACUCUUUCCCUUCCUCCCGCGGCUGUUUCGCGCAACUGCAAGCCCAGCCCUCCAAGGCACUCGACAGAACACAACUGGUCGACGACCAUUGGCGCCCAAGGACACAGCAGCACGGUUUAUCCGAGAGUUUGAAGAAGAGUACGGCUCAAAUCCGCUUCAGUUCCUUGAGAAUGGCUACAACAUGGCUUUGGAACGCGCCCAUCGCGAUCUCAAGUUCUUGCUGGUGGUCCUGUUAUCGUCAGAGCACGACGACACGCAUACCUGGGUAAAGGACACUCUUCUUUCACCCGAGGUAGUUGAGCUUGUCAACCCUUCCAGUGGCAACGGAGAAGUUCUCGUCUGGGGUGGCAACGUCCGCGACUCGGAAGCUUAUCAAGUCGCCAAUUCUUUACGGGUGACCAAAUUUCCCUUUGCGGCAGUCGUCUGUCAUACCCCCAACGUCUCUUCCACCGCUAUGUCCGUGGUGGCUCGGAUAGGUGGGCCCUUGUCAGCAUCGGAAUUCAAGCAACGGUUGACAGCGGCGUUGGACACGAACCGAGCACCUCUUUCACAGAUUCGUCAGGAAAGAAGCCAGCAACAGGCAUCCCGAAAUCUUCGUGAAGAGCAAGACUCGGCGUACGAACGAUCCUUGGCAAUCGAUCGCGAACGGGCACGUCUCCGCCGCGAGGCAGAGGCCGCUCGACAGCAAGAAGAACGGGCGGCCGCGGAACGCGAGGCCGCAGAGCAGAAACGCCAGCAGGAUCUGGCUCAGUGGAAGUUGUGGCGGGCGCAAGAGCUUCGCAAGGAACCUGACGCAGACGUUAAGGACACAGUGCGGAUUAGCGUGCGACUGCCCUCAGGCGAUCGCAUCAUGCGCCGUUUUGCGCCCGAUGCGGAUCUGGAAGAACUGUACGCGGUCGUCGAGUGCUGGGAUAUUAUGCAAGACGGCUCACGUCCGACGGAUGUUGAGAAACCCGCUGGGUACGAGCAUGAGUACGAUUUCCACUUGGUGUCUCCAAUCCCUCGUGCUGUCUAUUCGCUCAAGGACGGGGGUACGAUACGUGAAAAGAUUGGCCGGGGUGGCAAUCUUCUUGUUGAACCUAUUGAAGAUGAUUUUGAGGAAGAAGACGUGGCUGAUGACAAUCUGGCUUGA